AUGAACUCUCUAAUUGCUUUCCUCUUUUCUUAUAGUAUCGGUAUAUUUCUGGUUACCACCACCAUCUCUGCUUCGGGUGGUGGUAAUGAGACCGAUUACAAGGCGUUGUUGAGGUUCAAGUCGAUGAUCACCCAUGAUCCAAAUGAAGCUCUAAGCUCAUGGAACGCUUCCUUCCAUUUUUGUGAUUGGAGCGGUGUUAUAUGUGGGAAGAAGCACAGAAGAGUCAUUGGUCUAGUACUGAUCUCACAAGGCCUACAAGGCUCCUUGUCUCCUCAUGUAGGGAACCUAAGCUUCCUUCGCAUGUUUUCUCUCACCAACAACAGCUUUCAAGGAACCAUCCCUCAUGAACUGGGUCGUCUAUUCAGGCUUCGUUUCCUCUAUCUUCGCUUUAACAAAUUCAACGGAGUCAUUCCAACUAACUUGUCUGGGUGUUCUGAUAUGGAAAGGCUUCGCCUUCAUCACAACAAGCUAGUUGGAAGCAUACCCAAAGAGAUCAGUUUCCUCUCCAAACUUACUUUGUUUAGAGUUUAUGAUAAUAAGUUAACAGGUGGAAUCCCAGCUUUCUUGGGGAAUAUAACAUCGAUGAUAUCCUUCUCUGUUUCCUACAAUCCGUUGGGUGGGAGCAUUCCAGACACCUUAGGAAAUUGGAAAAGCUUAACAGUACUUCAGCUUGGUGCUUGUAACUUGUCUGGAACCAUCCCUCAUUCCAUUUUUAACCUCUCACUCGUAACUUAUUUUUCCUUGGGUGAGAAUCAACUUACUGGUAGUCUUCCCUCAGCCAUAGGUGCAAUGCUCCCGAAUCUUGAGUUCCUCCAAUUGCGGGAUAACCAACUCACCGGACCUCUUCCACCCUCGAUAUCUAAUUCUUCAAAAUUACAACUUCUUGAAGUGAAUAACAACAAUUUUAGGGGAAAGUUGGCAAUUGAUUUUGCAAAACUGAAAGACAUAUAUUUCUUAAACUUUGGUAAUAACGUCUACAGAUUCAAAGGGGCUGAUGAUAUGAAGUUUAUUGAUACUAUGACAAAUUGCAGCAAAUUAAAGGUUUUGCAGCUUUAUAAUUGCAAGUUUCAAGGAGUGCUACCCACAUCAAUCGGUAAUCUUUCUGAUCAACUCAGCCUUCUAAACUUAGGAAGAAAUGAUAUAUAUGGAAACCUCCCUUCAAGUAUAGGUAAUCUAGUCGGCUUGACCACCUUAGUUCUAUCACAAAACUGGUUUACAGGAAAAAUCCCCUCCACCAUUGGUCAGCUUCAAAAGCUACAAGUUGCCGUACUAAGUAAAAACCAAUUUUCAGGGCCGAUUCCAGAUGCUAUCGGGAACAUGUCUUUAUUGUCUAAGCUUUGGUUAUCUUUCAACAGACUGGAAUGGCAUAUUCCAUCAAGCAUGGGAAAUUGCCAUCAUCUAUUGGAUUUGCUCCUUAACAACAAUCAACUCAGCGGCUCAAUACCUAAACAACUUCUUCAGCUUUCAUCUUUGACCAUAAGAUUAGAUCUUUCUCAAAACAAUCUGUUUGGGUCACUUCCAACAGAGGUUGGCGACCUCAAGAUGUUAACUUCUCUAGAUUUAUCUGAUAACAAUUUAACAGGUGACAUUCCUAGUAGCCUUGGUGGUUGCACAAGCCUUUCAUUCUUAUCCCUCAAAGGCAACUUAUUUCAAGGCACCAUACCAUCCUCAUUAAUUUCAAUGACAGGAGUUUCGACACUUGAUCUUUCUCAUAAUAAUUUGUCAGGCCAAAUUCCUCAAUUCUUGGAACGGUUGAAGUUAUUAGAAUAUGUAAACCUAUCAUUUAAUGAUUUUGAGGGUGAAGUACCAGUGCUAUUGGUGUUUGCCAAUGCAAGUGCAUUCUCUGUUUUGGGAAACAGUAGGCUUUGUGGUGGCUUGGCUGAACUUGGGUUACCCAAAUGCAAUGAGAUCACACAGAAACAUAAAAAAAGGGUUCUUGAGUUGGUAAUAGUCAUUCUAAUUGUUUCCACACUUUUUACUGUAUUGCGUUUAGUGUAUGUUUGGUGUAAGAAAAGGAAGUGCCAACCUUCUCGAUCCCCAUCAAGGGCCGAACGAUUUAUGAAAGUAUCAUACGGUCAACUUCUGAAAGCUACCAACGGCUUCUCCAAAGCCAAUUUGAUUGGUGAGGGUGGUUUCAGCUCUGUUUAUAAAGGAAUACUUGAUCAUGGUGAUAGAUUUAUUGCGAUCAAAGUUCUUCAUCUUCAAAAUCGAGGUGCUCACAAAAGCUUUAUAGCCGAGUGUGAAGCAUGGCGGAAUAUUCGACACCGGAAUCUGGUUAAGAUAAUAACUUCAUGCUCAGGUGUUGACUUUCAAGGCAAUGACUUCAAAGCUUUGGUAUACGAGUUCAUGUCCAACGGGAGUUUACACGAUUGGUUGCAUUCAAGUGCAUCUACAUCCAUGCUAAACCUUCUUCAAAGAAUUAAAAUCCUCCUUGAUGCCGCAUCUGCACUUGAUUAUCUUCACAAUCAAUGCCUGCCAACCAUCAUUCACUGUGACCUGAAGCCUAGCAACAUUCUGUUGGAUGAUGAUAUGGUGGCCCAUGUCGGAGACUUUGGUUUAGCUCGAUUUCUUGGAACAAAUUCAAACCAAAACAGCACAAGUGGCAUUAGAGGAACGGUUGGGUACACACCUCCAGAGUAUGGUGUGGGGAGUGAGAUGACAAGUAGUGGGGAUGUCUAUAGUUUUGGAAUACUAUUGUUGGAGGUGAUGACAGGGAAAAGGCCGACUGAUGACAUCUUUAAUGAAGGCCUCAGCCUUCAUAAAUUUGCACAAAUGGCCUUGCCAGACCAUGUAAUUGAUGUUAUUGAUGAAGACCUUCUAAAAUUUCUUCAAGAGGAUGCUAUUGCUACACAAUCUACAUUAGAAUAUGCAAAGAAAAUAAAAGAAUCCUUAUCUUCAACAGUCAAGCUUGGAGUAUCAUGCUCCAUGGAGUCCCCACCACAAAGGACAAAUAUCAAAAAUGUUGUCCAUGAGUUGCAACGAAUUCUGGAUAUGCUUCAAUAAACUUGAGGUGCCAUGUUAAUCAAUAUUUUGGUUAUUAAGAGUAUAAAGUGAUGUCAACCUCCUUGACAAAUAUUAGAUUUUAUGAUA